CGGCAUUUUACACGCCGAACAAAAUGCCUGUGUACAAACAAUUUUCCCGACAUUUUGUGAAGACAAUCAUUUGUCACACAUACAAUUUUGUUUGUUUGUGCGAAAAAUGAUUUUCUUCACAAAACGUCGAUCAAAUUGUCUAUACACAGACAUUUUGGUCGGCAUGAAUGUAAAAUGUCUUGUACAAAUGCCGUGUACACGAAGCAUUACUCUUUCAAUCACUCUUUGCCUCUCGACUAUUGAGUCAUUGACACUUUUGAUAUUUAACUUUGAUUUUUUUUCACUUCUAGUCCUUUGAAGAUUGUGAUAUACACAGUUUUGUUAGUCAGCUAUUUUGAAAUUCCCCACAUUUAGACUAUGAGUAUUGUCAAAAUUUCUAUGGUGUGUCGUAUUCAGUUUAAUACUCAUGCUAAAAUUGUGCAGGCUAGCUUAUAAUCGUUCAAGGGGUGGCUAUCUCAUGGAAAACAAAGAAGCGAGCUAGGCCACUGUAUCCCGAUCUUCGGGGGAAGUUGAAUGUUGCUCCAUGGCCACCUUAAGAUGCGAACUGUUUUGGCUUCAAAGUAUUCUCUAUUCUCAAGCUUCGUGUAUCACUCACACUAUUUUUGCCCCCGAUCCGUCUUCCUUGUCACUCAUAUCAAACAUUUAUUCAGGUACUCGGUUCCCUAUAGCUCAUUAUGUUAAUUGCACUAAUUUUUCACCAAAACAUCGUUCUCUUUUAGCGGCUAUUACAGCAAGCCAUGAACCUGGAUCUUUCCGCGAGGCUGCUUCUGAUCCCAGAUGGCGUACAACCAUGCAAGCCGAAAUUCAGGCGCUUGAAAAUAAUAACACCUGAAGUUUGGAGCAUCUUCCUUUUGGGAAACGUGCCUUGGAGUGUAGGUGGGUAUAUAAAAUCAAGUGUCACUCUGACGGCAGUAUCGAGCACCUCAAGGCUCGCCUUGUUGUGUUCGACAAUCGACAAGCGGGGGGACGUGACUGUAAUGAAACUUUUGCUCAUGUCACUAAAAUGGUGUCUGUUCGGGCGUUUCUUGCUGUCGCAGCCGCAAAAAACUGGGAAUUACAUCAAAUGGAUGUACACCAUGCAUUUUUUCACGGGGAUCUCAAUGAAGAGGCUUCCCGUUGUUGGUUUGCCAAAUUGGUAGCUGCUUUACACUCACCUAGAGCGAACAUACACGCAAUUAUUUGAAUGGGUAUUGACAUGGGUCAUGUUGAUGGACGAAGUGGGAAAGGAGCAAAGCAAAUGAACACAAAGCUUGUGAUGGAAUAUUAUUACAAAACUUGUAUGCGCCAAAACUAGCGUAGUAGCGUGUGUAGUUUGACCUUUUCAAGUUCAGGAAGCAUGCCCAAUAAAGAAAAUUCGCCAUGUGUAAAAGUCAACUCGGUAUGGUUUUUCUUCCUUUUUUCUUGUUACUAUUAUAUCGAGCAAGACACGCACAGCAGAGCAAUCGAUGGAACUUUAAUUACUUUGUGGUCAUCAAUGCCAACACCCAUCCACCAAAUUGCGACCCAUCACCGCACACAGCCUUUAAUUUAAGAGAUCAAACAAAAUACGGAGUAUAUUUUUAUUUGGAAUGAAUUAAUGAUAAUGUUAGGUUGGAAUGGGAUUAAAACCUAACAAGUUUAAUUGCAGGUGUUUAACACUUAAUGGUGAUGGAUUCACAUAAAAUAAAAAUUAAUUAUACUCCGUACAUAUAAUAGUUUUAGAGCCCGUUUGGUGAUCCUUUUUUUCGACUUAUUAGGCUUAUCAACCAGUUUUUUCAUCAUACACGUAACUUCGGAUUUCGCGCACUGAAUUGUGUCAUAAUAAGAAAAAAUAAGGUUGAAAUUAUUUUUCUGGCUGUAUUGGCUGAAGUUACUGCAAAGAGUCAUUUUAGCUAUUUUCAUAUAAUUUUUUAUUUUAUUUAUAAUAAAAAAUAUUUUAAAUAUGAUUUUUCAUACAUCAGCAGAAUCAGCUAAUACAGUCACUUCAACCAUAACAUCAUAAAUUUCAGCCAAUUUCAAUUUCAGCUCAUUCAGCAGGUGACAUUCAUGUUAUUUCCAUGUUUUUAUUUGUGUUUUUGAUUAGUUUUGAGUGAUUGUUACUCUAGAAAUUACACACUUUUGGUGUAAUAGUUUAGUUUGUAAAAUGUUUGUAAAAUUGUUAGAUUAGGUUGAUUCUGAGCUCAAACAGGUCCAAGACCACUCUAGGGACCAUUGGUGAACAUCACAAGUGGAAGGAAGGUGCAAAAAUUCCUAAAAAGAAUGAAGAUCCUGAUUUUUGGUCUUGUACCCGGUCGGGUAUGACCUAUACUCGAUCGGGUAAGUCGCUGAAAAAUCAAAUCGGAUCAACCCGGGAACAAGGCAACAUGCAGGGGAGAUUUUGAUCACGAUCGAGUGUCCAUACCCGAUCGGGUAGCCGACAUACUCGAUCGGGUAUGCCCAUGUUUUUCCAGCUUCCACGAAGCAACUGAAGGCCCGGUCGAGUACCCUAUAUACCCGAUCGAGUACACGACCCUGCAGGCCUAAAAAUCCUAUAAAUACACCCCAUUUCCUCCACAAUAAAUCACCAAUUCCUAUAUACUUCUAAGCUCAGUUUAGACAAGUUCUUUCUUUAUAUUUUUAUCAUGUUUAGUCUCCAAAUGAGGAGCUAAACUCUUCCAUCUUGGUUUUGCUACUUUGAAGCUUAAUGAUUUGUAAGUUGUGAGUUAUUUUCUUUAAUCUUCUUCCUUGAAUAUUAAUUACUUCCUAUUCAUAUCCCAUAUUAAUAUAUUGAGCAUUACUUAAAGUA